AUGCCUCGCACCAGCCGCAAAAGACGGCACCUCACCGUCACAAAAAAACUCGACGUGGUGAAACAGCACCAUUGCGACGGCACCAGCGUCUACAUGUUCGCUAAGAAGUAUGGCGUGCAAGGCAACCAAGUACUCCGCUGGGUCCGCGAUUACGAGAAGCUGAAGGCUGCCAUGCCGCGGUCGCCCGGUCUCAGUUCUACGCAUGCUGGCCGUGCAGUUGCCCGCUCUGUCGUGGAAGCACAAGUUCUUGAGUAUUUUCAGUAUCUACGUGAACACGACGUUACCAUCAGUACGAUGAUGCUGGUGCUCAAGGCUCAAAGAAUUAACCCUGAUUUUCAUGGCGGCAAAACCAAGGCACUCACAUCUUGGGUGUACCAGUUCCUGCGCUGA